GCUGAGCAGCUGGCCCUGAAGGGCGGGAAGAAGCAGAUCCAGAAACUGGAGGCCAGGGUACGCGAACUUGAAGGAGAAGUUGAAAGUGAACAGAAGCGCAAUGUUGAAACUGUCAAGAGUCUACGCAAACAUGAGAGAAGAGUAAAGGAACUCACUUACCAGACUGAGGAAGACCGCAAGAAUGUGCUCAGGCUCCAAGAUCUCGUGGACAAACUGCAAGCGAAGGUGAAAGCUUAUAAGAGACAAGCUGAGGAAGCGGAGGAACAAUCCAAUGUCAACCUCUCCAAAUUCCGCAAGCUCCAGCACGAGCUGGAGGAGGCCGAGGAACGCGCUGACAUUGCCGAGUCCCAGGUCAACAAGCUGCGGGUAAAGAGCCGGGAGGUCCACACGAAAAUCAUAAGUGAAGAGUAAUUCAACCAAAUGCUGAAAAGUGACCAAAGAAAUGCACAAAAUGUGAACAUCUUUGUCACUCUGUUUUCUACUCCGGAGUUUUGCAGAUAAAAAAUUUAUCCGCAAAUAA